AUGCCGCUCAAAUCAGCCAACGCAAGCGCUGGCGCUGGUAGUGGCAGCACGCACCACACCCGGCGGUACGAGGGCGGCAAUCCCAGCGGACGUCGCACGGGUGUACCGCGAGUGGAAAUCACGCAGAAGGGCACCACCGUCACCGAGGAGGAUGACAGAACAGAAACUGAGCCCCAGAAGCGGCACAUCAGCGACCCGAGGUCGUCGUCUGCGCGGCGUCAGAAGGCUGGAGAGGAUGCGCUGCUGCAGCGUAAACCGUUGUCGUUAUCGUCAACGCGUACGCUUAACGCGUCCUCUCCAGCCUUCAUACCGUACCAGUACUUGGGGCAAGAGCAGUGCGGCAAUGCUGACGACGACGUCGCCGCCUCUACCCACAGCGUUUUCUCCUUUUCCACGACCACGUCCCCGCUGAUGCACAUGGACGGCACAUACGGCGGCAGCUCCCUCUUCUCCCCGCUCGCCUUCGCGUCCUCGCUGAAUGCAGGGCAUCCCGCUACCGCGAUGUCACCCACCCUCCCUUCCUCAGUUGCAAAUCUUGACCUGUUGCCCGCUGGUGCCACCUUUGCCUCCAUCGCAUCAAACGCCACGGGCACCUCUGCGCCUUCUGCACAGUCGUCUCAUCAACUGCGCGGCGCAUACGCGAGGGCAACCGCUGCUGCUGCCGCUGCCGCCGCUGCCGCUGCCGCUUCCGCGCUGCACACUCCGCACACCGAUCCGUGCGUGUCGCACGCCGCCGCGACCACCUCUGCCGUCGGUGCGGGGACGGCAGCUGUUCCGUCACACACCCACUCAGAGCCGCAGCAGUGCUGUGCGACGCGCAAAGCUGCAGUCACGGCGCCGUCAAGCGCCAACGCCGUGUACGGUCCGUCGGUUCCGGUGUUCUACUCGCAGUUCAUCGACAUUGCCACCGGCACCACCUCCAUGACCCCCUUCGCGUUGUUGCAGGAUCAACUCGACUUUGACGACGCUGACCGGCUCAGUGAGGCUUUUGAUGGCUGCCGCGGAGAGGCCGAAAUCCCACAGGCGCCGGCGAUCAUUCUCGCCGCCGCUGCGGUGCCGCCGUCCCCGUUGACGCUGGCGGUGGAGAGGGAGGAGACAGAGGCGCAGAGGGUGCGUCAGGCACCCUGCUCGGCCAGCCAGCGGGCCUCACAACGCCGUGUCUCGGCAAUCACCGCGGCUGUCCUAGCAAGCCAAGACGCUCAGCUCGCGGAACGCUCUCAGCGGUACACCGAGUCUGAGCAUGCGCGCCACGAGCGGGUUUCUGCUACCACCGCCGCAGCUCUGAGCACAAAUGAGGCAUCUUUCACUCAGCACCCCGCCAAUAAGGACGCGAGCGACGCCGCCACCGCCAAGCCGACCGCGACGGCCCAGCACCACACAUCUGCGUCCACGAUGGCCACGGCGAGCGAGGCAGGGACAACCACACACGAGACACCAAAGCGCCGCCCAUCCACGGUGUCCACGGCGACUGCUGGCACUGGCAACAGUAACAAGGAGCGAAUGCCCGUCACGCCCAGCAUCGACGGCACUGCAUUCGUGGUGAAGCGCUUGCAUACCUGUUUGGCGAGUACGGGUGAGCGCGCAGAGGACAGCCGGACAGGGUCCGUUAUGGGACUCACCGGCACCACGCGCCGCGGCCUGUCUGCUUGCGGCGACGACAACAAUGACGAGGGGCGCCGCAGCGACACUGUGACCCCAACAGCGACACCUGCGAAGGUGCUGGCGGCUGAGGGGUCUCCGUUCGCGGCGGCUGCGACUGUCUCCGGCGACGCAUCCACCGCCCGCGCGCACCGCCGCUCCUUGUCACAUGAGGACAGCGUUGUUGCCAACUCUGAGUCCGGCAUGAGCGAGCCGACACGUCCCACCCACAUAGUCCAUCAUAAUCACAGCAGCAGCAGCAGCAGCAGCAACGCCCACCUCCAGCGCGCCAUGAUGCAGCUUAUUGCACAGAUCCACACAAACAACGCCAAGGGGCAGGCCUCCUCGUCCGCUGCUGCUGCUGCUGCUGCCGUCACACCGCAGAAGUCUGGCAUCCACAACGCCGCGUUUGGUGAGACGGGUGCUGCAUCCACCACAUCCACCACCUUCAAGACGCCUGAGGCUGAGCGGGUCCCGUCGGCCCGCCCUAGCGCGUCCAAGAAUGCCCCGAGUCGAAACAUUACCACCAUCAUCCACACACCGAACACGCCCGGCUCACAUCACGGCGAGUUGUCUGCGACCACGAAGACAAUGAGCACAUCGGAGGCGUCGCGGCAUCAUCACAGUGCUGCGGAGGCUGCGGUAACGGCGAAGGGCGCGCAGCGGUCGCUUGCAAGCUGUCUUGAGUCCAUUUCACCUCAACGCGGAGAGCGUGCGCGCAACAGCGGCAACGCAGCGGGUGCAAAGGUGGCGACCGCCACGUCACAGGCCCCGCUGCCGCUGUCGGCCCCGGCGUCCUUCACCUCGGCUGAGGCUGCAGGGAGGAUGCCGGUACCACGCUCCCAGCGCCGUGGCGCGAAGCAGGGGUCUGUCAACGCCACUUCCGCAGGGGCCAACGUGACUGUCGCGUGCGCUGCCACUGCUUCUGCGACUGAGUCUCAAGCGCCGGCGGUGCAGACGACCAGCUACGCGGUGGUGAUCGAGGGCCACAUGCAGCGCCUUGUCACGGCCGUCUCGUCCACGAUACUGAAGCGAGGGGUCUGCGUUCUGUUCGAGGAGGACCGCGGCAUUGACAUGGGCCGCGUCGUGCAGUGCGAUGUGCUGGAUGGCGACGAGGCUGCCGGCACACUGGCCACAAUGGCCUCGGCGACGUCGCCGCUCACCCGUAAGGACCGCCCCGCACCCGUGCUGCGACUAGCUACAGCGGAGGAGGAGUACCGCUGGCUGUACGCUGAUGUCAAGGAGGCGGAGUCAACGUUGGAGCCGUGCCGCGAGGCGGCCGCACGUCUUGGGCUGCCGGUGAAGGUGGUGGCGGCGGUAUAUCAGUUCAACAAGGCGAAGCUCACCUUCUACUACGAGAGCCCCACCCGCGUCGACUUCCGUCCUCUGCUGCCGUCGCUCUUCUCGCGCUUUCACUGCCGCAUCUGGAUGGCCCGCCUGGAGACACCGACAACAGCAAUGACGGCCUUGGGCGGCGCUGAGGAGGUGGAGGACGUUCACACCCGCUUGCAGGCCGAGGGAAGAGCGCUGAGGCGGUCAUGA